GUGAGCACUCCAGUGGUUACAUCGACCACGCAGGAAAAGCAGAAGGACAGUGAUCAGUUUGAAUGGGUUACCAUUGAACAAUCAGGGGAAUUGGUGUAUGAAGCACCAGAAACAAUUGCUGCAGAACCUCCACCGAUCAAGUCAACAGUUCAGACUAUGUCACCCAUACCCGCGCAUUCUUUGGCUGCCUUUGGUUUAUUUCUCCGUCUCCCGGGCUAUGCUGAGGUGCUGCUAAAAGAACGGAAACAUGCUCAGUGUCUGUUGAGAUUGGUGUUGGGAGUUACAGAUGAUGGUGAAGGAAGUCAUAUCCUGCAGUCUCCUUCAGCAAACGUGCUUCCAACUCUGCCCUUCCAUGUGUUGCGAAGUUUGUUCAGCACUACGCCGUUGACUACUGAUGAUGGAGUGCUGCUUAGGCGAAUGGCACUGGAGAUUGGGGCUAUACAUCUUAUCCUUGCUUGUCUGUCUGCUCUAAGCCACCAUGCACCAAGAGUGCCCAACUCUAGUCCCAACCAGGCAGAGCCACAGGUGUCAAGUACACACAACAGUGCAUCAACAGAAGAACAGCAGUUGUACUGGGCUAAGGGUACAGGCUUUGGAACAGGCUCCACAGCUUCAGGAUGGGAUGUUGAACAAGCUUUGACUAAGCAAAGGCUGGAAGAAGAGCAUGUGACCUGCCUCCUACAGGUUCUUGCCAGUUACAUAAAUCCUGCAGGGAGUACGUCAAAUGGAGAGACCCAAACUAGCCAUGAAGGGAGAGGACAAAACAGCAGUGCUCUUCCAUCCGUUCUCCUAGAGCUGCUCAGUCAGUCUUGUCUCAUCCCAGCAAUGUCAUCGUACCUCCGCAACGAUUCAGAAUGUCAGGAGGCACAGCUGGUAGAGAGCCUGGCUGUCGCAAGAGAGACAGGGGUUGGGAAGCUCCGGAGCUACGUUAAGCUUUGUGUUCAGACCUGUGUAGCUUCUGCUAUCAAAAGGUACUUUGCUGUGGAAGAAGCCGGUACCUGUAUUCUUCCUGGAACGUGCUGGACUGAGAAGUUGGGACACUGCAUACAGAACGUUAUAGAGUGUUCCCAGGUUCUGGCACCCCAGCAGGAACAGGCUGUGCCAAGCACAAUGCUGACAGAAAAGGGCAAUUUUCAGCAACUCUGUAACUUUCUCAGGCUUGAAGGGAUGCUGGCGGGACCAAAUGAAGGUUACCCUCAUGCUGGAGUUACUCGUCUACAAGAUUUUAGGUUUUGCUGUUAA